CACCUCACCAAAUGUUAUCCCAAACUCAUUUGCAUCCCAUAAAUCUUCUACACUUUGCUUUUUCAAUCAAUCCACCAGCUUCAAAUUCUCUAAAUUCUUCUUAAACCUUUUUGUAAAGAUGCAUUACCAACAGCAGAGAGCGGCCGAGACAUGGGAGUCAUCGAGUUACAUGACGACGGCCUCGUCUGCAUUCGAGGUAAUCCAAAGAGUUGCAUCAGAGAAUGCAGUGGUAAUAUUUAGUAUGAGUAACUGUUGUAUGUGUCAUGCCAUCAAGAGACUUUUAUGUGGAAUGGGUGUGAAUCCAACGGUUUAUGAACUCGACGGGGACUCCGUUACCGGGAAACAGAUUGAGGUUGCACUGAUGAGACUAUUAAGCGCUGGUGGUUGCUCUUCUAAUUCAGCUGUGCCGGUUGUGUUUAUUGGUGGGAAGUUGAUUGGUGCUAUGGAUAGAGUCAUGGCUUCUCAUAUUAAUGGGUCUCUUGUUCCUCUGCUCAAGGAUGCUGGUGCCCUUUGGCUCUAGGACACGUACCCUUUCUAAUGCGUUUGUUUUUUCUUUCAUUUUUAACUUGCUAGCUAGUAGAUCAUACAGAAGAGAGAGGAGUGGAGAUUAACAAUGUUUGGCUCCCCCAUUUUUACUGUACUUUUAUUGAAAUUUAUCUUCAGAAAAACAAUCGUGUGCUUAUUUA